GCACGUGCUGCUGCAGAAAACUUUAAGCUUUAUUUAAAAAACCUUGUGCUAAAAUUAUUCAAAGAAAAUUACAUAAUGUUAAAGUUUGACACCUAUAAUCGGAGACGCCAUUAUGUCAAGAAUGGGUUGUGGUUCACCGAAGACCAUAUUCCAGUACGAAAGCUAUUUCUCACCAAGAUAUCAGAAAAUCUGAAGGAGGACACGUUAGUUGAACAUUUUAAAAGAUUCGGGAGUGUCAUAAGUGUUCAGCUCUUCAACAAUGCUACACGAAAUUGCGUGCCUAAUCGGACAUUGUCCAGGGUCUAUGGCAGACAAAGGUAUAAAGAGCAGCGAAAAUGCGGAUUUGUUCUCUUUGCCAAUGCAAGCGAUGCGACCAAAGCUUUGGAAAUGAAGAUUCAUCAUGUGAAUGGCCAUAAGAUCUAUGUCAUUGUGGCCGAUAGUUGGCACCAACCGGAUUUGUAUGGGGUUUCAGAGCCCCCAACUGCCGGCGAUCAGUCAGGGGAGGCGUACAUUUUAAAGAUUCCUGAUGAUUGCCUAUCAAUGAUUCUGAAAUAUCUUCCAUUGGCGGAUCAAGUCCACUUCCAAAGUGUUUGCGAGCGCUUUCAGUCUGUAUAUCAGUUAACUGCACGAUCCAUACAUAAAUCUAUUGCUUCGCAAGAAUUGGAUAAUUUGACACUUUGGGAGUGUCGCCAAUUUUUUCGCAGUUCCGGGCCAUAUGUGACGGACUUGAAUAUAGGUUUGCACGCAAACUUCAGAAAUCGCUUUUUGAAAUAUUUUGGAAGAAAUUGCAUCAACUUGAAGUCUUUGGACCUUUCGGAUAUCCCAUUAAGUGGAGACAUGUUUUCCAUUACCCAUAAGACAAAGAAUCUGAUGAAAUUUGACCUGACUGAUGAAGAGCUGUUAGCUUUGAAGAACUUGAAGAAUCUAAAAACACUUAACCUAGCCCGGAAUGGUUCUCUCACUGAUCUUCAUCUAGAUAAGCUUCCUGUCUCGAUUGAAAACCUAAACUUGGAUUAUUGUAUUGGUAUUCAGUCAGGCCAUUUAAUUCAGAUGUCCAAGUCUUUAACAAAUCUAAGGGAACUCAACAUUUCCUUUGUCAAUUACACUAUUGGAGAGGUUUUUAGUUAUAUGGUAAAAAAUGGCUGCUGCCCUUUACUAGAAACAUUGGGAGUUUCCAUUGAUGGCCAAUAUGAAGAAGCCCAAUUACCUAAACUAAAGAGUAUUUACAUUCACUCCAUAUCAUGGGAACUUACCGCUACCAAACUCUUUGAUCAACUGGUACUUUUUAAAUCCGAGCAAUUGGAAGAAUUAAAAAUUAGUGAAAACUUAACUAAGCAAAGACUCAUGAAAAUCGCAAAGUUAAGUGGAUUGAAGACUCUAUUGGUUCGGAAAGUGCCCAACAUUGAUGAUGAAGUCUUGGACGCGUUUACCAACUUAAGAAAACUGGAGCACAUCGAACUUACAAACUGCAAUCAAGUUAACGAUUCUAACGUUUUGCGUCUGGUACUUGGAUGCCCGAAGUUGCAUGAGGUCAAACUUGACUUCUAUUAUUAUUCACAAAUAACUCAAAAGUUAUUAGACAAUAUUAUUAUCAAGAUUCCAAUUUACUACAAAAAAAAUGAGCGCAAGUUGCCCAUAACAAUUUAUUUUGACUCGUGUAGUAACCUACAGACUCCUGCAGCUCAGGAUAUAGUUAAGAUAAUACUAGACUAAAUGAUAAAAUAAGUUAAAUCCCAAACUGAUUGAAAAUGAAUUUAAUUAUGUACAUUUUGAAAUUACUUUUAAUAAAGUCUAUUCAAAUUCCUAACUAA